UUGCGUUCUGCGCAUGCGCAUCGAGUGCGGGCAGUUUUGAAGACCCAAGAGGAAGGUAAACCCGCUGAAGCGGGCAGGUGGCUGGCGGUCCGGCCCGUGAAGGAGCUGCCGGGAGCUCGUUCCCUGCAGGACAUGACACAAGUGGCAUAUCCUGGCCAUGGGGUCCCAGCAGUCCGCCUAUGCUCACCCCCGUUCUUGCAAGCGGAAGAAAGCAGAUGACAGGAAGGAUUUGCUGGCUGAACGGGAGCAGGAAGAAGCCAUUGCGCAGUUCCCAUAUGUGGAGUUCACAGGGCGAGAUAGCAUCACCUGUCUCACAUGCCAGGGGACAGGCUACAUUCCAACAGAGCAAGUAAAUGAGUUGGUGGCUUUGAUCCCACACAGUGAUCAGAGAUUGCGUCCUCAGAGAACUAAGCAGUAUGUCCUCCUGUCUGUUCUGCUCUGUCUCCUGGCAUCUGGUUUGGUGGUUUUCUUCCUGUUUCCACAUUCGGUCCUCGUGGAUGAUGACGGCAUCAAAGUGGUGAAAGUCACAUUUAAUGAGCAGGACUCCCUUGUAAUCCUCGCCAUCACGGCCACCCUGAAAAUCAGGAACUCCAACUUCUACUCUGUGGCGGUGAGCAGCCUGUCCAGCCAGGUUCAGUACAUGAACACCGUGGUUGGGUCAUAUGUGACAACUAACAUCUCCCUCAUUCCACCUCGGAGCGAGCAUCUGGUGAAUUUUACCGUGAAGGCUGAGAUGGGAGGACCAUUUUCCUAUGUGUACUUCUUCUGCACGUUACCCGAUAUCCUGGUGCACAACAUAGUGGUCUUCAUGCGAACUUCAGUGAAGAUUUCCUACAUUGGCCACAUGACCCAGAGCUCCUUGGAGACACAUCACUAUGUGGAUUGUGGAGCAAAUUCCACAGCUGUUUAGAAACUGCUCAUGGUUCUUCCAUGGCAGCACCUGUCAGAAGAGACGCAGCAUCUGUUCCCAGGGCCUGAGCCCUGUACCUACCCCAGGGGGUAGAACCAGAGGAGAAAUUGGUUCUCUCAGUCCCCAGCAGACAUCCUCCUGCCACUAGGGAGGAAAACUCCUCUCUGUAGCGCCAUUUACUUUUCUCAGAACCAGCAGGAUCACUGCCUAGUGCCUAGCCUAUGCCCAGCAAAUAGUAGGCACUCAAAGAAGGUUUGAAGAGUUUAACUGAGAUCUUUUCAGCUGUUCUUGGGGCAUUAUCAAUUAAAAUCAUACCAUGGUUCUAGGGUAUCAGACGAUAGAGUGAUCCGGAAAUAGGACGGUCAGUGCAGUUGCAGAACUAUUUUCGGGGCCUCAUCACAGAAGAGGCAGCAGGGAGGGAGCAUUUGAAUACAUUAAAGAAGAAAGCACAGACCAUUCAAUAUGUGAAGUUUUUUCAUCUGCUUCCAAAUGCCUAGGAACUUUAUUAAAGAAAAAAAAUAACUUUUUUUUCCUGUAGAAAGUUAAAACUGUUUUUACCAAGAGUCUGUGGGGUCUGAUUUACCCUUCAUCCAUUGGCUGGAACAUGGAUUGGAGAAUUUGGUAGAAAAAUAAACCCUGCUUUUGAUUCA